AUUUGUACCUGACGGAGAAUAUAAGAGCACAUUCUGUGUGGAUCAUCCUUUGCAGUGCCUUUCCAAUAGUAAGGAUGUGGAUUGGGAUUUUACUCCUUGUUUUCAAUUUCUUCCCAUCUCCAGGGUCUGAUGCCACGUCAGGAGAUCAGCUUUGCACCAAAGAAUCUCCUGAUGCUCAUAAAGUGCGAAUCAGCCUGGAUGCAGCCCUUGGAAACGAGGCAUAUGAAUGGGAUGAGAGUGAGCAAUUCUACUUUCAAGCAACCAUGGCCUAUGGCAUGAGAAAGUCAACAAACAAAACAUUCAAUGUCUCCAACGUGCUCAUAUGUGAAGAAACGAAGAGGAUCUCGUUUUACUUUGUGGUGACAAAUGAAACCUCAGACGUCGUACGCAAGGAUGAAGUGGAAAAGGCGAUCAGAAUGGUCAGACCGCGGUUCAAUGAUGCCUUUUCCCUGGAUGACAAGACGUUGGAAUUUGUAGGGAUUGAACCCACCUUCGUCCCAGCCACUGAGCCAACAGUGACGGUCUGGCUGAUUGUAUUUGGUGUCGUCAUGGGCUUGAUUGUGAUUGGUUUGAUUGUGAAUAUCAUCACUGGUUACAAAGAGAAAAAGAAGAAAGCACGAGGCUCUGAAGGGGGAGGGGAAGAAAAUGAAGACAAAACUCUCAAAGGCAUCGAGAAUGGGAUUUACUGUAAUUCACUGGCUGGGGACAAAGGCCAGAAAAAUGAAGCUUUCUGUCAGGAUGAUGACAAAUUAACACAGCUAUAAGAGACAACUCUUAUUACAGUCAGUUUAAAAUAUCUGCACAGGCUGUGGCUGCCAUACUCGUCAUCACCGAAAUGAGUCUUGAUCGUAAGAGUUCUGAGUAGUAAAUGUAAAUCAGCUCUGUUGUAAUUUUUUUCCCCUUUCCUGAUAAUUUAUGCUAGUUUGUUUAGUGCAAUAUGGAUUGCGGAGUGAUGAAAAUAUCAAAGGGGCUCCAUCACAGCAACUUUGGAGCCAUCAGAUUGGGUGUGAUAAUAUGAUCCCUUCUUCACUAAUGGUUGUUGCAUUAGGGACACGCUGCUGUAGUGAGUGAGUACCUCUUUAAUGAACACUGUAACAUCAUAAGGAUGACUGAAUGAAUAAAUACCAUUCAAAUGAGGAAAGACUUCCACCUCUGUAAGGCUGCUCUUAUCUAUUUAAUAUAUUAUGUAUCAAAACAUGGUUUCACUAUGGGACCAAAUAAAUCACAAGUUUACAAAAA